AUGGAGGAACUUCACCAGAUGGACUCACUGGGGCUACUUUGCUGCCUCUAUAGGGAGCCUGGAGUCCCAGAGAUGGCCUUUGAGAGGGACAGACUCCCAGCCCAGGUUAUUGAAGAAGCAAAUGAUCGCUUCCCUUCGGGGUCAAUUCCUAUAAAUACUGGAGACUCUUCUUCAUUAGUCAACAUCUACUGUGGCUGGUAUUGCUGGCUGAAUGUGGAACUGAGUCAGGAGGCAGAAAACCAGGACUCAGGCAGUUACCGGACAAAAGCAGUUCCUGCUCCCCCCACCUCUGCAGCUCAGGCUCUGGCACUCUGGUGGCUCACACUGAUGCUGGCUGCCUCCAAGCUGCACUGGAGAUCCCCUAGAGAUUUCUCUUCAUACACUAGAAACUCCUUGGCUUCCUUCCGGAGCAUCCUAGAGGUGCUUCUCUCAAGCCUCCAUUGGGCUCUUACAGACUCAGCUUCUAGUGCUGGCUCUGACACAGACCAAGGAAUCCACUCUGAGGAGAAACCUCAUGAGUGCAAGCAGUGUGGAAAGAAAUUCAGUUGUAGUUUCAGUGUUAUUGCACAUCAGAGAACCCACACUGGGGAAAAACAUCAUGAAUGCAAGCAAUGUGGAAAGACAUUCAGUUUCAGCUCUAGUCUUGCUGUACAUCUGAGAAUCCAUGCUGGGGGAAAACCUUAUGGAUGCAAGCAGUGUGGAAAGACAUUCAGUCGGAGCUACAAUCUUGUUAGACAUCAGAGAAUCCACACUGGUGAGAAACCUCAUGAAUGCAAGCAGUGUGGGAAAACAUUCAGUGGUAGCUCCAGUCUUGCUGUGCAUCAGAGAAUCCACACUAGGGACAAAUGUCAUGAAUGCAAGCAGUGUAGAAGGACAUUCAGUUGUAGCUCAAGUCUUGCUGUACAUCAGAGAAUCCACACUGGGGAGAAACCUUAUAAAUGUAAGCAGUGUGGAAAGGCAUUUAGUUGGAGCUACAGUCUUGGUAUACAUCAGAGAAUCCACACUGGGGAGAAACCAUAUAAAUGUAAGCAGUGUGGAAAGGCAUUCAAUUGCAGCUCUGAUCUUAAGGUACAUCAUAGAAUCCACACUGGUGAGAAACCUUAUGAAUGUAAACAAUGUGGAAAGACAUUCAGUCGAAGCUCCAGUCUUGUUGUGCAUCAGAGAAUCCACACUAGGGACAAAUAUCAUGAAUGCAAGCAGUGUAGAAAGUUAUUCAGUUGUAGCUCAAGUCUUGCUGUGCAUCAGAGAAUCCACACUGGGGAGAAACGUCAUGAAUGCAAGCAUUGUAGAAAGUUAUUCAGUUGUAGCUCAAGUCUUGCUGUGCAUCAGAGAAUUCACACUGGGGAGAAACCUUAUGAAUGUAAACAGUGUGGAAAGGCAUUCAGUCGAAGUUCCUAUCUUUCUGUACAUCUGAGAAUACACACUGGGGAGAGACCUUAUGAAUGCAAACAAUGUGGAAAGACAUUCAGGUUUAACUUCCAUCUUACUGUUCAUCUGAAAACACACACUGGGGAGAAACCUCAUGAAUGCAAGCAAUGUGGUAAGACAUUCAGUCGGAGCAACAAACUUGCUGUACAUCUGAGAAUCCAUGCUGGGGAGAAACCUUAUGAAUGCAAUCAAUGUGGAAAGAUAUUCAGUGGCAGCUCUGAUCUUGCUGUGCAUCUGAGAAUACACACUGGGGAGAAACCUUAUCAAUGUAAGCAGUGUGGAAAGGCAUUCAGUCGGAGCUCCCAUCUUUCUGUACAUCAGAGAAUCCACACUGGUGAGAAACCUUAUGUAUGCAAGCAAUGUGGAAAGACAUUCAGUCAGAGUUCCAUUCUUACUAAACAUCAGAGAAUCCACACUGGUGAGAAACCUUAUGAAUGUAAGCAGUGUGGAAAGGCAUUCAGUCGGAGCUACAGUCUUACUCUCCAUCAGAGAAUCCAUACUGGGGAGAAACCUCUUGAAUGCAAGCAGUGUGGAAAGACAUUCCGUUGCAGCUCCAACCUUGCUCAACAUCAGAGAAUCCACACUAGGGAGGAAACUUAA